CGAACGACUCAGUCAUUGACUAAAGUCAACAUUAAGGAGUUUGGCGAUCACUGUGCCAUGUGCUAGAUCCCACCAUCAAGGAGUCAACAAUCAAGCAUCCUUGUACCUCGCACAAUGCGCUUCCAGACCAAUCACAUCUCAGGGCCAUCACGUAUCUAACAAAACGAAAAUAUCCCUCCAGUACGACUCUACGGAGGUCCAGCCCAACUCCAACCCAGCCCAACGCAACGGGUUCACUACCCUAGCUCUCAUCUGCAGCCAGGUAGCCAGGCCCGCAGGUGCGCUGCUGGAUCGCCCGACUCGCGCGUGCGCGUGUCUGGGGUGGCUGAAUCAGACGGAACAGCCAGAAAAAAAAGAGAGGCAACGGACUGGACCACUGCCACUGAGCUCUAGGCUAGCUCCGCGGCGUCAACUGCGUCCCGUUCGAACAAGGUAAAGCUCAACGACCCCGGCCUGGCAAGUUCAAACCGCCCCGUCCCAUCCCAUCUGCAUCCAAAAGUCUACACUACCACCAACCUUACGUCUACCGGUGUGGUCCUGGCUGUCCCCCGUGCCCUGUGCCUUGUGCCCCGUUUCCUAUCCGAAGCUGCGUGCCUGGUGGUGCCUCUAGGCUCUAACUUGCCUAUCCGUCUCGGCUUCGCCUUAGACAACUCUGCUCUUGGCUUUACUUCCUCCAUAAGUCUGCUCGAGUUCCUUCUAUUUCGUUAUCCGCCAUGUCAGUUGCGAGCCCAGUGCGCCAGCGACCUACCAUUGUCUACCUUUCCCAGCCGAGGCUGUCAUCGGCAUCGUGAAUACCACCGCAUCCCACUUAUUGCUCAGUCUCGAGAUUGGUCCACGCACUUUCACAGGACCCUCGCUCGGUGACCGUUUGUUCGACCUCGCGUACUUGCGCCUCUCUGAUUCGCAUACGGCUUCCACCGACCACUUUUCCACCAUAUCGCUCGUUCCCUUGUAGCUUCGGGCUUUAUCCUUAUCGUAUAGUCCUCCGGCAGUCAGUCGCAUGGCCGCAGGCAUGCCCGAGAUGACCACAGCGCAUUCAACUACCCACGAUGGUGGCAGCGCCCCGGCUGCAGCUUCGCAGUCUAUUCUAAGCUCAACAGCUUACGAUGCACCGCUGUCGCAGCAACAAACGCCACCACACCAUCUACACCAGCAAACGCCAUCGCAAGGUCUGGCGCUCACUCAGCAACAGCAGCAGCAACAACGAAGUGUCAAGAGACCCAGGCCAGUCAAGUCAUGCACCGAAUGUCGGAAGCGCAAACUACGAUGCGACCGGCUUUGUCCCUGUUCUCAAUGCCAGAAAUCGAACCGAACCUGCAAAUAUGCUAUGGAUCAUGACUCCGCAAACCUCUCUGAAGGCUCAGAUACCGAAAUGCCAGAACCAGCUCGACCAGCGAAGCGCAAUUGCAACCCCAGCAUAUUCAACUCAGGCACUCCUCUUCCUAGCAACGAUUCAACAUACGGACCUAUCCGCAACGGGGAUAACGGGGCUGCGCCUUCACUCGAAGAGUUGUCAAUGCGCAUGGAAAGGCUCGAAAGACAACUCAUGGCCAGAAGUCCCGUUGUUUCGGAAGGCAGUGGCGGCAGGCUAAUUGCUGCGUCUUCUGAGACCAUCCGAGGAUUGACAGUCAAGCAAGGAGCGUUGCGAACAAGAUAUCACGGUCAAAAUAGUCCCCGUGUCUUGCUUAACUUGUUUGACGAAGCCAAGGAGUUCAUGGCAAACAAUUCGAAUAACAAUGGCGUCCGAGAUGUUCUGCUAAACUUCAAGCGAUUUCACAAAGCGCUCAUUGACGAGUACCGGAAAUCUUUAUCUCCGAUCACUGUCUUUGUGGACUCGAUGAUGCCCGUUCAGAAGCGGAUGACUGAUAUUCUACCUAAAAAGGCAGUAUGUGACAGGCUUGUCGCCUCAUAUGUCGACACAUCGGAGACCAUCUAUCGUAUCGUCCAUUUACCCAUGUUCAUGGAGCAGUACAAUCUUUUCUGGGAAGGGAAAAUACAGUCCGAGUAUUUCUUGCCACAGCUACUUUCACUUUGCUCCCUCGCAUCCCGAUUCGAAACCAAAUCAAAAGGGCUUGGUAACGAGCGAUCUGACGGCGUUCAUAUCCCAACAGCAUGCGCUCUUGUGCGAACAUGGCUGGAUAGUCUGAGAGGGAAACAGCUGGUUGAGUUCGAGGUACUUCAAGUCGAGGUCUUGCUCUUACAUGCACAACGAAUGAUCACCCCGCGGAUCCAGGACUCUUGGACAUCUCUGGGCUCAAUCGUACGCAUGGCCAUGACAAUGGGUCUUCACCGCGAUCCCUCUGAAUUUGAACCUCGAAUCCCCAUAUACUUUGGCGAAAUGCGGCGGCGAUUAUGGUUUACGAUUCUCGAUAUGGACCUCCAUAUCUCACUCGCAAGUAAUCUUCCUUGUUUGGUACGGGAAGGAGACUUUACUUGUCGGCCGCCCCGCAACCUGGAUGACGUCGAGCUUUUCCCAGAUAUGAAAGAGCUCCCGCAGUCGAAACCCAUAGACGUGGUUACCGACAACCAGAUGCAAGUUUAUGCAGCCAUGACUCUGGGUGUGCGGAUGAAAGUAGCACACAUGUUGAAUCGCAUCGAUACAAUUAGAGACUAUCAAGAGAUCCUGGAGGUGGGAGCUAAGCUGGAGCGAUUCCUUGAUGAUAUCAACUACAUUUUCCCUAGGCAGGGCAUUCUAAGUGAUGCACAGAAGAGCAAGCAAUGGAGGUCGAGGGUCAUCCUGGAUAUGCAUGUGCGACGGCCAUUACUUGCACUUUAUCGACCUUUUGCUAUAGGAGCAUCUGACGCGCCAGGUCAAAUAUCUCGAGCAUAUCUGAGAUCCUCGAUGGUGAUCAUGAAAUACCUAGACGAGCUAGACCCUAUGCUAGCGCACUUCCAAGAUAUUGCCGAGAUGUAUCACCAGGUAUUAAAGAAGGAUAUUAUCCAGGCGGCUUUGAGUGUGUGCUUCUACAUACGUUCUGCAGUUCGGCCAGCUUCUGACAGCACCGGACUAGGCUCACAAGCUCUGCGCAUGUCUCCUGACUCGUCAGACGACUUCCCGACCUACAACCCAGAGAACCUUGUGCUCUGGUCGCCAUCGCGACUGAUCAACACUGUGGAGAAGACGUUGGACCUUUUGGUUCGCAACAUCAGUGGUCGGGACACCAAGGACGUGGUCUGUCUUGCUGUUGUUCUGGAAUGCGUGUCCAGACCGGAAGUUAAGACAGACGAGAUUACACAAAACCUCCGCAUUGUAUUGGAACGUUGCCUAAGGGCAACCAACAUGAACCUCGAUGGUGUUCCCAUGGGCUCAACUGGAGUUCCUGUCGAUGGCUUCCAAGGGGAUGCAUACCGGCAUCAUGUGCCAUUCAUGUAUCAACGAAAUUCUAUUGGAGUCCCGGCAGCUCUGAACGACUUUGACAACUGGAUGCUAUGGGAAGGGUGGGAAUAAUCGGAUCAAGAGCAUAUAUGCGUAUCUGAGUUUGAAGAAAGAUUUGAGUCUCGAGUUCUCUGUUCUUACUACUCCCUUUUACCUUUUACCUUUUACUUGAGUUUUCUUUUGUCUUGAGCGGCUGGAAGGUAUUGAUUUGAGUGUUUGUGUGGAUAUGUGAGUUGCAGAGAUGAUGGCAAACUGGACUUGAAAAGAACAAUAUACAGGGUCUGGGAAGUUCAGCGGGCGUUGGUAAGGAUUCCCCUGCGGGGACGAUUGUAUUAAGAUGCGUUUAUACUGUUGGCCAUACGUGGCCCUGCGAGGCGCAUUAGGCAUAGAUGGUUGAAGCGUGAGCUUUCGCAUGCUUUGCGCCUGUACAGACCAAGGGAAAGGAAGAGGUAUGUUUGGGACAUAACAGAGGCCUAAUGAGUCAAUUAAUUGUCAAGUUAUUGAUAGAAUGGAUUUUGGACAAUAUAUCACAUGGAAUCGAUGAACAUGGGAGCGGAUUGAGCUGCUGAUGAGGAUCAAUACCAAAACUAUCCCGGCAAGCGACUCGAUCGCCAAAUACAUCUUCGAAUCAUUGCGAUUUCUGUCAUGUCAACUUAACAUCACCUACUCCAGGUUGUUCUCUUCCAUGUUCUUCCAUUGGACUUGUUCUCCAUGCUUUAUCUUGCGGGAAAUGGGCCAUCCUCGCUUUCUUUUUCUUGACAGUAGCCAACCAAGCAGCCACACGACCUUGUUCAGGCGAGGUCCGGAUGGUGGCAGGGAGUUGACCAGCUAGACGAGGACACUGGGCGAGAUCAAAAGGCAAGCCGCUUUCUCGCACUAUUCUGUCGACCCUCUUGUAACCGUCUGCCUCCAGCUGCAUGGCGUUACUUUGGAUGAACACAAGACGAAGAGGCAUUGCUACAGUUUCCUUUUCUUCGUUUGCUUUAGCAGUCUGUAUGGCUUUUAGAGCCCUGACCAGAUUGUGAGUGACUGCUUCGAGAACAUGGGUGUUGUAGAAAGCGAGUAUGACUGCUUCAGGG